AUGGGGGAACAGAGGGCGCCGGGCUUCCAAGGCUGCAGGCAGACCCUGAAUGUGUCCGUGCUGGGGGCGCUGCCAGGAGGCGGCUGGGACAACCUGCGCAACGUCGAGCUGGGGCUGGUGCUCGGGAGAGACUAUUCGCAGUGCCUCACCACCGAGGACGGCGAGUACCUCAUCCCAGACCGCGCGCAGGUGGUCCCGCGGCGGGAGAGUAUCGUGGAGACCCGCACGGAGCUCAUCGACCACCGGGUCAACGACACUGACACCUGGGCCGCCCCCAUCAACGCUGAGCUCUCCUUCCUCCCCGACCUCAAUGGUAAGUUCUCCGUGGACUGCCAGAACGUCAGGAAGUACAGCCUGGAGUACCAGACGGUCACGACCAGGGGGCAGAUCCGUCACGUUAUCUACUCUGUGAAGGCCCCGGAGAACCCCGACUUCCAGCCCGACUUUCUGCGACAUCUGCUGACCCUCAGCGACCACCUGGAGAACAACCAGACCCGGGAGGCCAAAUACCUGGCGGAGAUGCUUGUGCUUAGGUACGGCACGCACGUUCUCACCGACGUGGAGGCCGGGGCUGCCUUGGUGCAGGAGUACCAGGUGAGGCGGGAGCUGGUGGACAGCGAAGCCCAAGACAAGGUCAACAUCACGUACGCCGCCUCGGCCUUGUUCUUCCACGCGGUCAACGCUGGGGAUGGGGUUUCCUGCAGGUGCAGAGCCGGCUUCUCCAGAACCUCGGGCGGAACCCGGUGGCCUCCAAGAUGCACAGCCACGGUGGCGUGCCCUUCUACCCGGGCAUCACCCUGCAGAAGUGGCAGGAGGGCAUCGGCAACCGGCUGGCGGCCAUCGGUAGGUCGGGCCCCACCCUGCCGGUGCUGCUCCAGCUGGAGGCGCUGCCCGAGCUCCCAGAGGCCCGGGUGGCGGCCGCGCGUGCGCUGGGCCAUCCACCGCUACUACGCUGUCAACACGCGUCCCGGAUGCUUGAAGCUUGGGGCUCCCGCCUUCGACCCCCAGGCCAAUGUGGACGAUGGUUCUUGCGGAGGCCGCUGCCGCGCCAACUUCAGCUUCGGCGGUGUCUUCCAGGAAUGCGAAGCCGUGUCCGGGCGGCGUGCCGAUCACCUCUGCCGGGCCUGUCACAUCCCGAACCCGCUCACCGGCAAAGCCUCUUGCCCGGCCAACUACACGGCCAGCGCCCGGAGCGGCGGGCUGAAGACGUGGAGCGAGGCCGGUCCUGAGUGCCGGCAGCACUGCCGAAGGUGCCGGCUCUUCUUCCGAUGCUGCUCGACGGUGUGCGCCACCCAUGAGUAUCGGAAUGCCGUGCGCCUGGCUGCCUCCUGGUGCGAGCCCUCGGGGGCCUCCCUGCCCACCACUGCGGGCCUCCUCUUUGGAGGCCUGUAUAGCCCAGGCAACCCAAACCCGCUCACUGGGUCCCAGGCUUGCCCCUCCCACUUCUACCCACUGACACUCUUUGGCGACCACAAGGUCUGUGUCAGUAGCGACUCAGAGCUGGGUACAGCCCAGGCAGUCCCCUUUGGGGGUUUCUUCAGCUGCCAGGCGGGCAACCCCUUGGCUGACCUUGUGAAGGGCCAGAGCCCUGGGCUCAUGAAGGAGGUGUUCUACCAGGACAGCCCCACGGAUUUCCCCAUGAAAUGCCCAGCAGGGUACAGCCAACACCAGGCUUACCUCAGCCACGGCUGCCAAAUCCUCUGCUGCCUCAGGGCUGGGGUCCUCUUGGACCAGCAGCAGGCAGCUGUUCGGAUGCCCCCAUUUAUUCCCCGUCCCCCCUUGCUCGACAGAAGCAGCACCCCCAGGCUGUCUGUCCUGGUUGACUCCAGUGGUCAGCGGGGCUGGGCGAGGCUGCAAGGCUCUGACCGCUGGCAGCAGGCCAAUAUUAAUGACCAUCCCGGUCAGCCAAGCUCUUGA